GAGGCCGAUGAAGAAGAGGAGGAGGAUGAGGCCGAGAGUGAAAGGAUUUAUCGUCAGCGAGACACGGGCUUUCCGGAUGACACCAUGGACUUGGGCUCCUAGCCGUCUCUUCCCCAUGCGCUCAUAA